AUGACCAUUAUUGUAGUUCUUCUUUGCACCUCAGCUCUUUUCGUGCAGUUAGCUUUCAGCCAAUGCUUGGGUCGUGAUCCUGUUAUAGGAUUUGGAGGUGCCUACGGCUCAGGAUGGGGAGGCUAUGAAGCCAUUAGUCCAUACGAUGGCUUGGGAUACAGCGUACCUUAUUCAGCAGGGUUUAUUGGCCUGAGUCCUAGCAAUUUAGCUGCGUCGUGUGGUGGUGGUCUGGUAGUCAACAGUCUCUCUCCCACUACUCCCACGGGGCUGACUGUUGCUUCUGAGAAUACAAUUGAGGGUAACGUGGGAAUUUUCGGUCAGCUACCUUUCCUGGGUGCAGUGGCUACGGAUGGUGCGUUCAGUACUGUCGGCAUUGGUGCUGUUCUCUACGGUUGUGGUGACGGUGCUAUCGGCAUAGUUUCUGAAGCUCCUAUUGUUGCACCAGCCCCGAUCGGCUAUGGUCAGUGGCCUGUCAAUGCAGGCUAUAAAGGAAUCGGGCCAUGUGGAUGCGGCGGGUUAUACUGA